GUGAACACUUUCUUUUUUAUGAAGUUCUACUGCUCUUUGUGCCGGGCAGGAAUAAAAUACAAAACCCCCAGAGGCUGGAUAGAUCACGUCAGAGGGACCAAGCACAAAGAAAGAAGAGCAACCAUCUUGAAGCCACAAACAUACAAGGAGAUUGAAGAAAUGAGAAGACAAAGGCUUAUAACAAAAGAAGAGUGCACGGAAAUAAAAGAAGCAAUAAGAGAAACAGAAAGUCUCACAGAAAUAAAAAGCAAAGUUAUUUCUAUCCUAGAGAACUCUUUAAUAAAAAUAGCACAGAAUAUAUUAAAGUAA